ACGGCCCAGAUCUGCGGCGCCCGGCCCCUGCUCCUCUUUUUAUGCCCCUGCCCCGCUGCUCCUCCCCCAAAACCCCUCUCGCCACCAUCCAGUCUCUCUCCAAAUCUCGGGACAGAAAGGCCGCCGUACCGAAUCAGAGAUUGACAGCGGCGGGGCGGGAGCCCGCGAGCCAGCGAGCGCGGCGCGAAUCCGGCCCCGGCGAGAUGCUCGGCAAGCGGCAGCGGAGCAUGCUGAUGCGCCGGACGACCAGCCUGGCGUCCAUGCCGUCGGUGCCCAAGCAGGUGCGCCAGGGCAGCGGCGGCGGCGGCGGCGACGACGACGACAAGGACAGGCAGGCGCGCGCGCGGCCGUCCUCCUCCGUAUCGGCCGGCGCGGUGGGGACGGGCGGCGGCGCCGGCGGUGGCUACCCCUCUCCCGGGCGGGACGCCUUCGCCGGGCUGAUGAUCACCGCGGCGUUCCUGUCCGCCUGCGGCUUCUGCGCCAAGCCCCUCGGCCCCGGCGAGGACACCUACAUCUACAGGGGCGAGGUGGCAUUCUGCAGCCAGGAGUGCAGGGAGCAUCAGAUCGCGAAGGACGAGCUCAUGGAACAGAACUGCACCAUCACAUCCAUCCGGGAGGCCCCGUCGGACCAGUCUGGCAGCGGCGGCGGCUCCGGCGGCGCCGGGGACGCCGUCGCCACCGCAUAGUCGGGCGGCCAUUAGCUUAUUACAUAUACUAGCUAGUGAUGUGCCACAUAUAUUUGGCACAUGUCCACCAUGUUUAAACCGCCCGUCCUUGUAUACAGAUCGAACUGGGUAGCGAGGAGUUGUUGUUGUUGGCGAUGCGCCAGCGGUGGCCGGUGACUGAGGAUGCCAUGUGACACAUGGAACAUGGCGGUUUCCUCUCCUGCCCCAGUGGAGAACCGAACCUGGACUGCAAUGCAACAUCAAAUUGCGUACUAUCUUUUCGUAGUAA